GAGGUGUUCUUUUGUGUCUCGAAGCCAGAGGAGAAAUUAUCCUGUGCGUUUUGUUUCUUGCCGUUGAAGCUGCCUAGGCUUUUGUGUUUACUUCAGUUUCUCGACGGCUCGCGCUUUCUGCGCCCUACCCCCUUGGUCCAAAGUCGUCGAUCUCGCUUUGUUCCGCGCGUGGCCGGUUCCUGGCAGUCUUCUUGGUGUAUCCUUUGAAUUCACUGAAUUAUUGAAUUCCCCUCGAUGAGCUUCUUGAACCCUUAGUCUCGCACGAAUUCCUAACGAAAUUACGCCUUGUGUUCCUUACUUGGGCCUACCAUUUCAAGAAUAGUCGCUGCAUUCGAAGCCGCGUAUUGGCUAGGUUUUCGCAAUCCCAAACGCGUUUUGACCCGAUUACUCCAGGAAAUUACUUGCAACACCAUCCUCCCCAUUUUUCCUUCGAAUAGCCGUUAAUUGUCCCAAUUACUGCCUUGGAAACCAUGGCUACGCCCGCUGCUCUCCCUCCGCUACCAUUCAACCCUUCAAGGGUUCGGUCCUACUUGCUUCGACUACCGCUCUUCACACGACUGAUCCUUCUCGCAAUAAUUAUAUUCUGGUUGCUUGAGUUGCAGACGGUUUGGGCUGUUGUACAAUGGGGAGCUUUAGUACCGGACGAGAUUGGACUAGGUACCAUGUACCGGCUCAAUACCUAUCCGUUAAUUCACACGGGGUUCUUUCACACUUUCAUGAAUCUUCUAGCCCUUACACCAUUGCUAGAGCGAUUUGAAGCGGAGCAUGGUACUUUGACCGCUGUUGCUUUGUUCAUUGGGCCUCUUUCCACAUUCCCAGCGGGUAUCUAUCUUUUGAUCGAGAAAUUUAUUCUGCACAGGAAUACUGCAGUGGUUGGUGCAAGUGUCUGGGUGUUCCUUCUUUUGGGUUCUGAGUCCAUCAGAACAUUUAAAUCCAACCCAUAUUUCAGCCUCGGAAAUUACAAGAUUCCAACUUGGACUUCGCCCCUGUUUGCGUGCGUCCUGGUCUCUAUCCUUAUACCCAAUACCAGUCUCCUUGGACAUCUUUGCGCCAUUCUCAUUGGUUAUUUGCUCGGCCUCGGUUACCUCAAGGUGUUUGUCCCGCCAGAGAAGGUUUUGAGGUGGAUUGAAGGAAAACUGAACCUCCUUGGACGUCUUCCACACUAUGUGUCCGUGGACCAGAAGACAUACGGUCGUUAUGGGGUCCUCCCAACGGCUAACGCUCCAGGGGGCGAACGAGGAACACCGAUGAGCUUUCUGAGUGGCUCAACACAGCCUGCAAUCCGCAAACUGCGGAGCAAUCCUCAUUUGCUGUUCGUGCGCUUGCCGUACAUCUUAUCGUUUCUUUGCAUUGUCGCUGGAGUAAUCUGGCUUCUCCUCCUACCCCUCGAUGACUACUCCCGCCGAACCUACAUCUCUGAAAACGCGCUUCUACCAGGCCAGGUCCAUGCAUACUUCUCCGGCAGUGAACAGCAUAUCUUUCGCGGGUACAAGAAGGAAAUAGAAGGGUUGUUGGAUAAGCAUCGGGUCGAAGGACAAGAAGGGAGAAAUGACGAGCUCACCCCGGAGAUUUCGGAUAAAAUACAGUCGAUUUUGAGGGCUGGAGGAUUGAAGGUUGCGACGCAGAGCUACGAGUACACACCUGCCGGUGUCACACACAAGGGGAAGAACGUGUAUGGUAUCAUUCACGCCCCCCGCGGAGAUGCAACGGAGGCAAUUGUGCUCGUGGCAGCUUGGAAGACCGUGGAUGGCGAGCUGAAUCUUAAUGGAGUCACUCUCGCACUGACUCUGGCGCGAUACUUUAAACGGUGGUCGUUAUGGUCCAAGGAUAUCAUAUUCGUGUUUCCUCCUGAUAGCAAAACAGGAACUCAAGCGUGGAUCGAUGCAUACCAUGAUAUGCAGCCAGAAACGGUCCAGCCGCUGCCCCUGAAGAGCGGUGCAUUACAGGGUGGUCUGGUAAUCGAGUAUCCUUUCGACCACCGAUUUGAAUCCCUGCACAUUGUCUACGACGGCGUCAAUGGCCAGCUGCCCAACUUGGAUCUUUUUAAUACAGCAGUCUCGAUUGCGAGCGGCCAGAUGGGAAUCGGAACCCGACUGCAAGAGAUGUGGCAACAUAAUGAUAGCUACGAAAAGCGGCUGGAAACCAUGCUCAGAGGAAUGGUCAAGCAGGGUUUCGGGUACGCUACUGGUGCUCAUAGCAGCUUUAUGCCGUACCACAUCGAUGCUAUUACCCUCCAGACAAAGGGAGACGGCUGGCAAGAUGAGAUGGCUCUAGGCCGUACUGUCGAAGGUCUAUGUCGCAGCUUGAAUAACCUAUUGGAACAUCUGCACCAAAGCUUCUUCUUCUAUCUUCUCAUGCAAACGCACCGGUUCGUCAGUAUUGGCACGUACCUCCCUAGUGCCAUGCUCAUUGCAGGAAAUUUCACCAUCAUGGCUAUUGCUCUUUGGCUCCGAACCGGAUACUACAUGAGCCCCAAAAGCACUACAUCAUCUACUGUUAAGAAAACAACCACUGGCGAGAAGUCGGCAGCCUCGCAAAAGAAGCCUGAUGAUAAAGGCACUGUUGCGCCAAUAGAGGAAUCAUCCAACGGCAUUACAGAGCGCCAGCUUGCGCUCCCUCUUACUCUUGUCGUUGGCUUGCAUAUACUCGGUCUCAUCCCCCUCUACAUCUUCAAUAAUCUUCCCCACGAAUCCUUCACACUCGCAACCUAUACUUGCAUCGGCGUCAACGCCUCCCUCCCCCUCAUCCUCGCCGCAAUUCUAAGCCAAAGCUCCACCUCCUCCCCAAACACAAACACUCAACAAUCCCACCUUAUCAAAUCCCUCUCCCUCCUCCUCCUCGGUCUCUUCCUCUCCACUCUUGCCACGCUCAACUUCUCGCUCUCCUUCAUGAUCGGCCUACUCUGCGCUCCGCUCAGCUUCGUCGGCCAUAUCAGCACCCAAACCAGGCCUGCCCUCCGCUACGCCGUCUCCACCCUAGGUCUCAUCUCCCUAAACAUCCUUUCUCCCCCUGUUGUUCUCCUAGGAGUCUGCUGGUACUUUGGUGUCUCUGUGGAAACGGUCCUCACUGAGGCCGCCUUUGGGUGGGAUGUCUGGGGUAUGUGGACUCAGGUGGUUGUGUGGUGUGUCUGGUGGCCUGCUUGGGUUACAGGGUGUGCGUUGUUAGGAUUUUCCUUGUUCUGAGCUUUUUCUUCUUCUUCUCAAACUCAAGAGCAAGGCAUGAGCGUGUAUAUGUAUAUGUGCAUGUGCAUGAGCCAAAGCGUAAGCGUUCGCUCUAGAUAUGAUUUCUUAUAUUAUUACCUCUUUUUGUCUAUUUCUCUCUCUCUCUCUCUGAUUUGGUUAUCUAUCUAUAUCUACUUCUUUAUUUUAUGUAUCUGAUAAUCCUUGCAUUUUAGCCUUGCUGUAUUUGGAGAUAGGUUAUGGUUGUCUAGUGAGAAUGUAUUAGGUAUAUAUACUAUAUAGUAUAUACUAUGUGGU